GUUUUGCUAUUCACAUGAUGUGUUUAAAAAUACCACAAGAUUGUUGUUGACAUGUUGACGUGUGACAUAACCUCAACAAUUCUAAUUGACAGUUGGCAGGUAGUAGUAGAGAUGGGUGUACAAUUACUUUUAUCAUGUAUCUCAUGUAUCUUCUACAUGUUUUGUCAAGACUACAUCUACCAAAGCCUGUUCAUGUUCUUGACCACUAACCUCACUUUAUUCGCAUCGGUGUUUUGGAUGUUGUUUUGUUGCUUUAAUAAGAGCUGUGUUUACAUAAAUUCAUAGAAAAAUAUGUUAGAAAACGUAAAACAUGUUAUAUUAAUAUUGUCAGGUAAAGGAGGAGUUGGCAAAUCAACAGUUAGUACACAAUUAGCAUUAACUUUAAAGGAAAGAGGAUUCAAGGUGGGUCUUUUAGACAUCGACCUAUGUGGCCCAAGUAUUCCGUACCUUUUGCAGUUAGAAGGAAAAGAUGUACAUCAAGCAGAUAGUGGUUGGGUUCCUGUAUAUACAGACGAGGAUCAAAAACUGGCUGUGAUGUCUAUAGGAUUCUUAUUGAAUGAUCGAAAUAGUGCUGUUGUAUGGAGGGGCCCCAAGAAGACUGCAAUGGUUAAACAGUUUUUAACUGAUGUACUUUGGGGUGACUUGGAUUAUCUUAUUAUAGAUACUCCCCCAGGUACUUCUGAUGAGCAUAUCACAGUUAUGGAAAACUUAAAAACAGUCAAAUGUGAUGGGGCUGUUAUUGUGACCACACCACAAGCUGUUGCAAUUGAGGAUGUGAGGAAAGAAAUAACUUUUUGCAAAAAAACUGGUAUACCAGUAUUGGGAAUUAUAGAAAACAUGAGUGGUUUUGUGUGUCCUCAUUGUUCGGAAUGCACAAACAUCUUCAGUACAGGUGGUGGAGAGUCCUUGGCACAACUAGCAAAUGUUACAUUCCUUGGGGUGCUCCCCAUUGACACUAAAGUGGGACAGCUUUUAGGCAAAGCUUGUGUUACAGAAUAUCCUGACUCUCCUGCUGCUAAAGGGUAUAGUGAGAUUGUGGAAAAAAUUAUAGAGAGGUGUCAAUGAUGAUGUAAUUUUUCUACCUGAGAGUGAUACAGGAAUUUGAAAACAUUUAUAAUCAUCAAUUCUAGUAAAUGGAAAGUAUCAAGUUCAAUACAUACUCUUUUGAUCAAGAGUAUAAAAAAUAUAUAAUUAUGAAUUUCAUACAAUUUUAUAGAGGGUCAGUGCCCAUAUAAAAUUUUCUCAUACUUACCAAAGUCCAAUAAACAGAUAUAACAACCUGAUGUUGCCUCAGAGGUAAAAAUAAUCUUAUAUGUGAUAAUGUUUUAUAUUCCUUUUUGACUGUAAGUUGGUUAUUCAGAAGACAUUUUAUUUCAUUGUAUAAAUAAAGUUAUGUGGUGUAACUCAUAUUCUUUAAUGUAACGAAUUAAACUUAUCCUGUCGUUUUAUGCCGAUAAUCCUCAAUGUUUGUGUGACCACUAAAUGAAAUGACAUAUGCUUGAAAUAUUGUUUACUGACGAUGACGUAUCAGCCACCCUGGUGGCCCUUUUCAAGUACAGUUGACUAUUUGGGUGACAAUAUAUUUUGUUUAUCUGUCUUCCAG